CCCGGUCACUCAGAUCGAUUUCUUGCUUCUGGCUGGUCAUUUUUUCAGGGUCCAUUUCCGUCCGUGCACCCAUAUUGGGUAGGUAGAGAUAUCUUUGCUUUUUCUCUUCCCCAUUACCACGACCAGAUUCCGACCUAAACAAACACCUCGUUUUUCGUUUUUCGUUCAUCGUCGAAACCUCGACACUCGACAAGACUCAAUUGUGAAGAUCGAACUUCGCAAUCAUGGGUUCAACAACAACUCCCGCGCCCGCCUCCCUGUCAGGACUCGUCGCGACCCUUAUUCCAGUUGGCUUGGUUGCUCUUGUCUACGUCUCCAUCUUCUUGUGUCUGCGAAGAUCCAACCGUCGAUGGUAUGCUCCUAGAACCUAUCUAGGAAGCUUGCGCGAAGAAGAGCGCUCUGUACCACUUCCAGGAGGAUGGUUCAACUGGAUUGGUCCGUUCUGGAAGAUCCCAGAUACCUAUGCCCUUCAACAUCAAUCCCUCGAUGCAUACCUCUUCCUGCGCUUCCUUCGUAUGACCGUGGUCAUUAUGUUCGUUGGAGCUUGUAUCACCUUCCCUGUUCUCUUCCCGGUCAACGCUACAGGUGGUGCAGGAAAGAAGCAGUUGGAUCUACUCUCAAUGUCGAAUAUCGAUAAGAAUGCAAAGGGUGGAAAGUACAGAUACUUUGCCCACUGCUUCUGUGGAUGGUUGUUCUUCAGCUUCGUCCUUGCCCUGGUCACGCGUGAGAGUAUCUUCUACAUCAACCUCCGCCAGGCCUUUCUCCUAUCCCCCGCCUAUGCCAACCGCAUUUCAUCCCGAACUGUUCUCUUCACCUCGGUUCCCAAGCUUUACCUUGAUGAGGCUAGACUUCGCAAGGUGUUUGGUGACUCUGUUAGGAAUAUCUGGAUCACUGGUGACACAACCAAGGUCGACGAGUUGGUCGCUGAACGUGACAAGGUUGCAUACAAGUUGGAGAGUGCUGAAGUCAAGCUUUUGAAAGAGGCCAAUGGCGAGAGACUUAAAGCGAUCAAGAAGGGUGGCCGUGCUGACGAAGAACCUGUCGUUGCCGCUGCCGACGCUGAUACUGAAUCUGGCUCGCUCGCUGCUCGAUGGAUCCCAACCAAGAAGCGACCCACGCACAAGCUUGGCAAAUUUGGUCUGUACGGACAAAAGGUUGACUCUAUCAACUGGUGCCGCGAACGACUUGAGGCUCUUAUCCCUAAGACCGAGGCUGCACAGGCCGAGUACCGUGCUGGAGAGACUGCUAAGGUUGGAGGUGUCUUCAUUGAAUUCGCUCAUCAAUCCGACGCCCAAGCUGCUUUCCAGACCCUGUCUCACCACCAAGCCCUUCAUAUGUCUCCCCGAUACAUUGGUGUCAAUCCUCAAGAAGUUGUCUGGAGCUCCUUGAAGAUUUCCUGGUGGCAACGAGUCGUGCGACGAAUCGCUGCUCUGGCUUUCGUAACUGCGUUGGUUGUCUUCUGGGCUAUUCCUGUCGCAGGUGUUGGUUUGAUUUCUAACGUCACAUACCUGGAAAAUUUCACCUGGCUUCAUUGGUUGACCAAGAUUCCAACUGUCAUUAUGGGCGUUGUCAGCGGACUUCUUCCAGCUGUUGCACUAUCAAUCUUGAUGUCUUUGGUUCCUGUCAUCAUGAGAAUGGUUGCCAGACGUUCUGGUGAAGUGUCUCUGGCACGUGUGGAGCUGUUCACCCAGAACGCCUAUUUCGUCUUUCAAGUCGUACAGGUUUUCUUGGUCACUACAAUUGCUUCAGCUGCCUCGUCCAUCAUCAGUAACCUGAUCCACGACCCAACCGGUAUUACAGCUCUGCUUGCCACUCGUCUGCCUACUGUUUCGAAUUUCUACAUCUCGUACUUCAUUGUCCAGGGCUUGAGCGUCUCUGCUGGUGUCAUAUCACAGGUCGUCGGCUUCAUCAUCUUCAAGUUGAUGUACAAGUUUCUCUCUGGUACACCCAGGAAGUUGUAUACCAAAUGGGCCAAUCUUAGCGCAAUCUCAUGGGGCAGCACUCUUCCAGUGUUCACCAAUAUCGCAGUAAUUGGUGUCGUCUACUCCUGCAUUGCACCUCUGGUUCUUGGCUUUGCAACCAUUGGAAUGUCCUUGUUCUACCUCGCAUACAGAUACAACAUCCUUUUUGUAACCGAUUCCCAGAUCGACACCAAAGGCUUGAUAUAUCCCCGUGCCCUCCAACAACUCCUCACCGGCGUCUACCUUGCCGAACUCUGUCUCAUUGGACUGUUCGCCAUCGCAGACAGCAUCGGACCCUUGAUUCUCAUGAUCGUCUUCCUAAUCUUCACAAUCCUCUACCACCUCUCCCUCAACGCCGCUCUCGACCCCCUCCUCUACACUCUCCCCAAGUCCCUCGAAGCAGAAGAAGAAUCCUUCCGAUUCGCUGCCGCAGAGGCCCUCAACACCCCUGACGCAGACACCAAAUCCAGUGAGAAGAACGCAGAACUGACCACCGGCGCCGCAGCCCCUCACAAGAAACCCAACUUCAUCUCCAAGUUCCUCGCACCACACAUCUACGCCGACUACGCUACUCUCCGUCGUCUCGUGCCCCACAACCCCUUGGACGUGGACAACAUGUACGAGGAGGCUGUUGCGGAGAACGCCUACUUCCCUCCCGCCGUCAUUUCCGAGACUCCCCUACUCUGGAUCCCGAGAGAUGAGGCUGGUAUCUCGAGACAGGAGGUUAGUCAUACGGGCAAGAUUAUCUCGAUUACGGAUGAGGGCUGCACACUGGAUGAGAAGAAUAAGUUGGCUUGGGAUGCCGAGGAAGCUACCGUCAGACCACCGCUCUGGCAGGAAAAGAUCCAUUACUGAUCUCGGGUAAAAAUUGGGAGAUCAUGAAUAUAGGGUAUAGAAGGGGUUUAUUACGACUUUCUCUUAUUGGGAAAUGAUAAUGUUUGAUUAUUUUAUUGUAUGAUUUGAAGGGCGUGGG